AUGUUAAAUCAAGCAUUUAGUGAUGAUUCAGGUUCAUGGUGGUGGUGGAUCAAUGUCAUUGGAACACUUGUGUUUGGUUUAACUGGUUUAAUUGGUAAUUUCAUAUGUUUUUUCGUUGUUUGUCGUUUUCCAUUAUCUCAACAUUCGUUCGUUGAAUAUCUUCGUGCUUUAUCAUUUUUUGAUUUUUUUACUUUAUUCUAUGAAGUUCUUCAUUCAUCAAAUGAUUUAUCUGUGUAUUUAUUUUCCACAACUCUUUUAAAUUUUCGUUCUUCAAUUGUUUGUAAAUUUCAUGAUUAUAUCAAACAUUCGAUUAUUUUAUUAUCGUGUUGGACAAUUGUUAUUUUAACAUUCGAUCGUUAUAUUCUUGUUUGUACUCCCUAUUCGAAAAAAUGGCCAAAUUUAUCUCGUCGAUUGUGUAAUUCGACAUGUGCCAGACGUGUCCUUGCUUUUUUAAUUUGUCUUUCUCUAUUAAUUAACAUUCCACAUUUAAUGUAUAAAGAAUGGAAUUGUCGACCAAAUAACUACGAACACAGUGCGAUUUACAAGUCCAAAGGUACAUUCAAUCAAACAAAACGCAUUCUUGACAAACAAAUGUGUGUCUGUCGAAUUUCUCCGUCGUUAGAAAAUCAUAAAAAGGAUUUUUUUCUUCUUUGGCAUAAUUAUAUUUUUCAUUUAUUAUCUUAUACAAUUCUCCCAGCAAUUAUUUUAAUUGCGAGCAAUGCAGCUAUUUUAAAACGUCUUCAUACUCCAAGACAAAUUGUUAGUAAUCAAAAUGAACAUUUAAGAUCUCGUUUAACAGGCACUUUGACCUUAGUUUCUUUAAUAUUUUUAUCCUUAUACUUUCCUUAUGCGAUUGUUCAAACAAUAUCGACGAUACUCAUUCGUUAUUAUCCAAUUCAUUGUAAUAUUCGUUUGAUUUUAACAUUUCGUAUUUUAAGACGUUUAAGUGAAUUGUUGAAUAUCGGUGCGUUGGGAAUCAAUUUUUUUCUUUAUAUUUUGGGUGUGAGUCAUUAUCGUUCAUCAGCAAUACAAAUGUUGGGUUUACAUCAUUAUGAAAUGUUUUCCAAAUAUUUAACGAUCGAACAUCGAAAUCUGAAAAGUUUCAAUGAAACCAAACGAAAUACAAGUUUGAUUUUGAAAGAUUCACCGAAUAUAAAAUUGUUAAAAGUCAUUACAUUACCUGAACAAUGUUCAUCAUUAUCAUCGUCAAUUUAUAUUCCAAGAUUAUCGAAAGAUUUCCUAUGA